AAUAACCAUUUCUCCACCUCCUCAUUACACCUCUAAAAAUAUAUUUCUUUUCUUAAUUACCACCAUUUUUCUCAUAUUCUUCUUGCAACAAAGCUCUUAGUUUCGCCUCUUAAUAUUCAAGAUUUCACAAGAUGUUCAAGAUAAAUAUUGCAAAGUUCAAUCAGGCUAUGGGAUUUCAAAGAUUACCUUCCAACAAACAGAAAAUGCAGAAUGUCAAUCGCUCGAAAAAUGUAAGGGCAUCAAGUCUAAGCGGAAUCAGUCCCGUUGAUGUAAAUUACAACUCAUGGAUGGAGGAACAUCCUUCCGCAUUGGGCUCAUUCGAUCAGAUGAUGAGAGCGGCAAAAGGGAAGAAGAUCGCCAUUUUUUUAGAUUAUGAUGGUACUCUCUCUCCGAUUGUCGAUAAUCCUGAUCAUGCCUUCAUGUCUGAUGAGAUGCGCGCAGCAGUACGAGAAGUUUCAAAGUAUUUUCCAACUGCUAUAAUCAGUGGUAGGAGCAGAGAUAAGGUAAAAGAAUUUGUAAAGUUAAGUAAUGUAUACUAUGCCGGAAGCCAUGGCAUGGACAUUAUGGCACCACCAAGGCCAGUGAAGUCCUGCGAUGGGAAAUGCCAUGCUGUUUCCACUGACAAAAAGGGGAAUGAAGUUCGCUUCCAACCUGCACAUAAAUAUUUGCCUGCGAUGCAGAAGAUACUGACAGAACUGAAAGAGAAAGUCAUAAAAAUACAAGGUGCCAGAGUAGAAGAUAAUAGAUUUUGCGUCUCCGUACAUUAUAGGCUGGUUAGAGAAGAGGAUUAUGAAUUAUUAGAAGAGAAGGUUAAGUCCGUGCUUGGCAAUUAUCCAGAUUUUCAUUUGAAUUGGGGUAAAAAGGUAAUGGAAAUACGGCCAUCAAUAGAAUGGGACAAAGGUCAUGCACUCGAAUAUUUACUUGACACUCUAGGAUUGAGCAAUUCCAAUGAUGUUCUUCCGGUCUAUAUUGGAGAUGAUCGAACUGAUGAAGAUGCUUUCAAGGUCAUUCGAAAAAGGGGUGAAGGCUAUCCAAUAAUUGUGACAUCCAGUCCGAAGGAUACUAAAGCUUCAUACUCCUUGAAUGACCCGUCGGAAGUGUUAACUUUCCUGUUACGGCUAGCAAGGUGGAGGAAGUCUUCUAGUUCGAGUAGAUCACUAGCCCAAAUAUGGGGUGUAGGUAACUGACAUCAAGUUUUAGUAUUAGGUACAAAUAAACAGGUUCGUGUAGAUAAAGUGAAUUGGAAGGGAAUCUGUGGAAGGAAAGCGAGUCUUUUUUUAGCGUCUGAUCCUCCCGCUCCCGAACCAGCUAUCCGAUUUGACACAGUGUGUGUAUCAGUGUAUGUAAAUUACCUUUCAGUAACAGACUCAAAAAGGGGAAUCAAAAAGAAGUUAUGAAAUUGUCCUUCUAGAAGGGAAUUUAGCUUUGUU